AUGACCGUGGAAAACCUUUCCCUACCAUCGCACGUUUUCAACGCCCACGUUUGCGAGGCAAAACCUUUGGUCAAGAACGGUGACGGUGUUCACUUCACCAUCGAGACCCCAGAGGCCACCUACGAUGAUGUCAUCGAUGGUAUCACCGGCGCCGCUGUCGGGGCCCUAGGGUGGGCUGAUCCAGACGUUCCUGAAUUUUUCCAGAAUGCAAUCAAGAAACACGUCUACUCUUUCCCAGCUUGUCAAGUUAACGAAAGUGCAGAGGCCCUAGCUAAAUUCUAUAUUGAAAACUCUCCAGAGGGUGCAUUUUCUUCUGCGCUAUUCACAUGUUCCGGUUCUGAGUCUAACGAAAACGCGAUGAAGAUCGUCAGACAGUACCAAAAGGAACGUGGUAAGCCACGCAAAAUUAAGGUCAUUUCAAGAGACUGUUCUUACCACGGUUACACCUUGGGUGCGCUGUCUCUGGGCCAAAAUUUUGUGUCCGAACAGUUCGCGGAAUUGAAGAUCCCAGAAAUCUUUUUGAAGAUGCCAAGAUGCUUCCCCUACAAGGACCAAAAGCCCGAUGAGACCGAAGAGCAAUACACCCAAAGAUUGUUGGAUGCGUUGGAAAAGAUCAUCUUGGAUAACGAUCCAGAAACGGUUUCGUGCGUCUGCGUUGAGACUUUGCCAGGUUCCUCUCUGGGGACUGCCCCACCAACCAAGGGGUACUUGAAGGGUCUGCGUGACUUGUGUAACAAGUACGACAUUCUUUUCAUGUUGGAUGAAGUUAUGUGCGGUACCGGUAGAUGCAACCCUAACGGUGGAUUGAACUGCUGGGAGAAUUACUUGGAACCAGAGGACGCCCCUGACAUCCAAACCAUUGGUAAGACACUGGGUUCCGGGUACGUCACCAUUGCUGGUGUUCUUAUUGGUCCCAAGAUUAUGAGUGCGUACAUGCAAGGUUCUGGUUACGUUGUCGGCGGUCAAACUUACCACAGCUUUGGCUUGAACUGUUCUGUCUCUUUGCAAAUCCAAAAGAAAAUCAAGAGGCUAGAGUUGACCAGAAAUAUCUUUGAAAUGGGCACGCUUUUGGGUAAGAAGUUAAAGGAGGCACUGGCCGGUUUUGAAAUUGUUGGCGACGUUAGGGGUCUGGGCGGGUUCUGGUCCGUUGAAUUUGUAAAGAAUAAGCAGACGAAGGAGAACUUCGACCCAAAGUUGAAGGUCGGAUACCGUUACCAAGAUGCUGCCCUUAAGAACAAGCUGAGUGUCAUGUGCUUAACUUGUAACAGCAAGCAGGGCGAAUUCUGGGACAUUGCCAGCUACGCCCCAUCCUUCAUAAUCACUGAAGCUGAUGUCAACGAGAUUGUCGAAAAGUCCGUUGCCUCCGUCACAGCAUUGACUAAGGAGUUGAAAGCGGAGGGUGUGUUCUAA